CCGGCUAGUCGGUUUCAAAGCGUGACACCGUUUGAUGUGACUGAGCAGCGGCUGCCUCAGCCUCAGAUACAGAUACAGAUACUAUUCCCUGAGCUACUUAGAUACUUAACUACUUAAUUAUUAAACACUUGCUAGUACGGCAGCAUGAGCAGCACGCGCUACGGCCGCACUUUGCUCGGCAUUUGGAGUGGAUUAUUGACCAUUUUGUGUCUAAAUGAAAUCGCCAUGGAUAGGUCGCUGGUUUCAGCUGUUGCCUACUAUUCCGAAAAGCCUGCCUUUCUGCCAUCAUGUCGGAUUUACGAACCGGGCUUUACCAAGUGCUCUACGAAUACCAUCCAGAAGCUUCUCGAUCAGUUGAACAUUGGAAUACCAGAGGUGCUCGAGCGGUUCGGUCCCUUUGACCCCAUGAGAGUGAGGGAUAUAGUCUUCAAGCAGGAUAACAACGAGGUGGCCACCAUCAGAGCCAAUCUGACUGACCUGGUGGUCAAGGGCUUCGCCAACACAAAGGUCAAGGAGAGUCGUGUCAGCAAGAAAGACUUUGGCUGGCAGACCAAAAUAUUUCUACCGAAAAUGAGGCUGGAUGGAAAGUAUGAGAUGGCCGGACGAAUUCUCCUCAUACCGCUGAGUGGCUCUGGCAAAAUAUUUAUCGAAAUCGAUGAUCUUGACAUUUUGCUACUGUCAAAGAUACGUCUGUAUGAAAAGGGUGGCUUCACCUUUGACAACGUGACCUCCGUGCGGGUUCAACUGAAUCUGACCAAAGUGCGCACAUAUCUGGACAAUUUGUUCAAUGGACGUAGCAAGGAGGUGGAGCGCAGUACCAAUGAGUUUUUUAAUGAAAACUGGCGCGAUUUCUAUGAGGCCCUAAAACCACUCAUCGUUGAGACGGUGGAGAACAUCCUUUAUGACGUAAUGUCCACGGUAUUCCAUCUAAUACCAGCCAACUUUUUCAUUGAGGACAUACCAACGCCAGAGCAACUUUAUGGUUCGAAGGAGGUGCUUGGUAAAAAGAAUAGUUAAGUGAAUUAAUUAUUGUUCACUUGUAGUAAGCCAUCUGUAAACUUGUUAAAAUUGUUUAA